AUGGGACACAGACACUCCCGCUCCGCUGUCAGGUCCGCUCUCCUCCCCUCCGACUGUCACUGUGAACAUAUAAAGAGUCACAAUCACAUUCACAUCCCAGCACGCCUGUUCACGCCGCCCCGGGAGCUCGCUGCGUCACCCCUCCUCUGCAGCCUGCCAGAGACCACACCCACGCCACAAGCUUUGAGGUAUCCAUACUUCUAUGUAGGACAGACACUUGGUGCCCCACUAAAGCACUCAGAACAGCAGGCCCAGAAGAAGAAGAUUUCUGAGACAGCUGCAGAUCUGAAGCCUCUGUCCCUCUGUAAGCCUCAUCUGGACCCCUGCGAGCUUGUCACGACCCACGCUGAGCCUCAGACCUGCAGCCAAUCUCUCCAUCAGCCUAUCCAGCAGAUUCCUCUUCCUCAGGAGGAUAUAGAGAAGAGCACACUUCAACCAGUGUGUCCCAGCACACUGACAGAGGGACAGCAGGAGCCUCUCAGUCUGGUGAAAAGAAGACCACCAGAGCACUGUCAGCCUGUAAACGUCACUGAGCGAGGAGCCGAGAAUAGACAUGCCCGGCCUGCACGACGGCAGUGGGGCCAAACAUCUUUCAGGUCGGUGGACAGUUGGGACGACAGUGACGAUAAAGACACCGGCGCUUCCAUCUCCAAAAAACCCACCAUCACUUCUCUGAGGAACAGCUGUCGAUUUUCAGAGUCAAAGAACAACAGAGGAUCAAAACUGCCAAGCAACAGCAGACUGAGCCGAGAUGACUCCAACACCAUGUCAGCCAAGCAGCACUACCUCCACCAGUCCAGAUAUAUGCCUGGCAUAAAUCCAAAAAGCACCUCCUCAGUAAGAGGCCAAGUGUCCAGCAGAAAGCUGGGAGUGUCCUCGUGUUUAUCCAGAGGACACGGCCUGGAGAUCCCUCUCAGCAGAGAUGUUGGUCUUCCUAAAAUACCAGAUAAGACGCCUCUAAAAGAAAAGACCCCAGAGGAUCUUGAUCUUUUGAAAGGUAUCGCUUAA